CCACGUUUCCUCAUUUUUUUUUACUUCACUGAAGCUUUAAAGUCGGGUAUUCAAAAUGGAGGUUUAAAACAACAUGGAUAAAGAUGGUGGGGUUUUUACAAGCCGUACGACAUGAACUAUUUCUUUUUCUUAUUUUCGUUCUUUGUUCACUGUUCGCAUUCGGAAAAGCUUGUGGCCAGAGUGAAUAUAAAUCAGCUGCUGGAGAAUGUUGCCCCAUGUGCAAUAUUGGAUCAGUAGUUCACCAUGACUGUAGUGGGGACUUGAGUACCACGUGCAAAUCCUGCACUCCAGGAACAUUCAUAAGUGAACCUAACGGCCUUCCUAAAUGUUUCACAUGCAGACAUUGUGUUGAAAGUCAAGGCCUUUACAUCCAGCAUAAAUGCACUACAAUACAAGACACCAUCUGUGAUGUACUUGAUGGAUAUUACUGCAUUGAUUAUUCAAAUUUACAGUGCAGUCACGCUCAAAAACACAGUGUUUGCAAACCAGGACAAGGAACAAAAACACCAGGAACAAAGACAUCAGAUGCAGUAUGUGUGGACUGCCCUCAUGGGUUUUAUUCUCCAUCAGGUUUGAACUGCACCAAAUGGACAGAUUGUUCAGCUAGAAAUGAAAUGGAGACAGAAAAUGGCAGCUCUGUUAAAGAUGUAACAUGCACAAUGAAAAGGCGGGAAAGAUAUUGUCUCAUUUUUGCAAUAGUCUUAACAUCUUUAUUCUACAUAAUUCUAUACAUUGCCCCACUAAGCACAAUAUCCUAUUGAAGAAACAAAUCCUGCAGCCCAACACAACACAGCAUAACCCAAAAACAACACACUACAAGAGGGAUAAACACUUAGGAACAAGUUGCUUCCCAAGAAUCUGUCACACCACCUGAUGGUUCUCUAUCAACCCACUUAUUAUAGGAGUGUGACAUUGCAUUCUUCUCCGUCUGCUGUGACCUUGACGUGGUGGAGAAGCUUGAGUUACUCCAGCACCUUGAGAACUGUGAGAUCACGUUAACCACACCAGCGUAAUCACAUCUAGGAGGACACACUAACAACAGCAAUCUUAUUAGUUAUACAGACCUACUCAUCCCUGACACAACAACAAAUAGACUGCAUUUGAAAUACUAUACUGUAUGAAGACCAACUACUUCUGUCGGGAGAACAGGGCUAGUGCACACCUUUUCUCAGUGACUGUUUACAAAGGAUGUAUUUCGAAGUCAACGUCUAGACAGCUAAAAGUGUUUGAUAAAACAGCUAAACACAUGCACAUACAAGUAUCAGCUUACAAAUCAGCCUAAAUUGUACAAAAGUUUUACUCUAUAUAAGCACUAUGUAUUGUUGCAUAUUGUAACAAUAGUGGUCUUAAUAGUUGACCUUAUUUGAACAUUAACAAGAAGUUGUUGACAAGAGUUAUCUUCAAAUUUGUGCAGAUCAUUAAUGUUAUGAAAGCAGUGUUGGUAAAACUGCUUUAACUGUAUUUUAAUGUCUAUGAUGACUGUUCUUAAGCAUUAAUUCCAAUUCUGUGUUUUUCUAUUGCCUCUUUUAAAGAUUGUACUUUUAUGUCCGUGCACUACAUCGAAUUAUCUAAUGUUAGGGGUCUGUUGCAUGUUCCAGGGACAAACGAAAAAUGACCUCAAAUAUUUAGGAAAAAAUGAGCAGACGUUUCAUUGACCACAUUUACCACUAUCACACAGCCCAGUUAAAGCAUUA